CAUAUUUGUUCUAUGUUCUAUCACCACGAAAACAUGGCGACAUUCGUGUUCCUGGCUGAAUUACACUGAGUUAGCAUUCUAUCAGUGUAUAUUUUGUGCUAUCAUUAUUUAUAUUAAGAUCAAGAAGCAUGAUUAAAGGAGAGCAGUGCUCAUAAUCCUCAUAAUGAUAGGCACCUUUUACUUCGUAAUUGUUGGCCACAAAGACCAACCUUUGUUUGAAAUGGAAUUUACGAACAGCAAAGAACCAAAGUUUCAGAAAGAGGAUUACCGUCAUCUAAACCAGUUCAUAGCACACUCUGCACUGGAUCUAAUAGACGAGCACAAAUGGAAAACUAACAAUAUGUAUCUGAAAUCUGUUGACAAAUUUAACCAAUGGUUUGUGUCUGCAUUUGUUACUGCAAGCUUAAUUCGAUUUGUUAUUGUACACGAUAAUCGCAAUGACGAUGGAAUCAAGAACUUUUUUACUGACAUAUAUGAGGCUUAUAUUAAGCAUGCUAUGAAUCCCUUUUACGAAGAAGGAUCACCCAUCAAAUCCAAAGCUUUUGAGAAAAAAGCUCUAUUGUAUGGAAAAAAGUAUCUUGUUAGUUGA